GAAAAAAUAAUGUGUACCCUUUGACUCAUUCUACCACAGGAAUCGAUAACAAUAACCCCACCCCCCAUCUUUUCUUCAAUCACAUGCAUUCAUCAGAAACCGUACUCCAUCUCCUUUUAACACACCCUCUCACUUUGCUCUUCCUUCACCCCUCUACAUUGCUUUCUUUCUUCUUCUUCCAUUGUAAUACUAAACUAGCUACUACUCUGAACUUGGUCUCAGAAAGUGAGAAUUUUUGUUUAUAGACACAAAAAAGAAACCAACAUAGAUUGUUUCUUUUGUUCAUGGAAACCAAUAGUUGGCAUGUCAAUGGUUUCCACGUUAAGGGUAGUAGUAAAGAUUCAAUCUUUUUGGCCAUUUUCAUGUUCAUUCAUGUUUUGGCUUCUACCAUUGAACCUGUUGCAUGCCACCUGUAUGAUGGAGUGAUUGUGACACAAUCAGAUUACCAGGCCUUAACGGCCAUCAAGCAUGAGUUCAUUGACCUCAAAGGGGUUCUGAGGAGCUGGAAUGACAGUGGUAUUGGUGCUUGUUCUGGUGGUUGGGCAGGUAUCAAGUGUGUCAAUGGUGAAGUCAUUGCAAUUCAGCUUCCAUGGAGGGGUUUAGGCGGAAGAAUCUCAGAGAAAAUUGGUCAGCUUCAAGCACUCCGGAAGCUGAGUCUCCAUGACAAUGUUCUUGCUGGUUCUGUCCCUUUUUCUUUAGGAUUCCUUCCAAAUCUUAGAGGUGUUUAUCUCUUCAAUAACAAGCUUUCAGGUUCUAUUCCUCCUUCUAUUGGUAGUUGUCCAAUGCUUCAGUCUUUUGAUGUUAGCAAUAACUCACUCACUGGUAACAUCCCUGCUAGUUUGGUAAAUUCAAGUAGGAUAUUCAGGAUCAAUUUGAGCUUCAACUCACUUACUGGUUCCAUUCCUAGGAGUUUCACCAUGUCUCAAUCCCUUACUAUUCUUGCUCUCCAACACAACAAUCUAUCUGGCUCUAUUCCAAGUGAGCUAAGUGCACUUUCAAGGCUUCAAAAUCUUGAUCUUUCACACAAUGCCAUCAAUGGAAGCUUCCCUGCUAGCUUCUCCAACCUUUCUUCUCUUGUUUCAUUGAAUUUAGAGGGUAAUAAACUUGAGAGUCAUAUCCCUGAUAAUUUGGACAGGUUGCACAAUCUUUCAAUGCUUAACCUCAAGAACAAUAAGUUUAAUGGCCAAAUCCCACCAACAAUAGGGAAUAUCUCUGGCAUUAGACAAAUUGAUGUGUCUGGGAACAAAUUCAUUGGAGAAAUUCCAGACUCACUCACCAAACUAGCAAAUCUCACUUCAUUCAAUGUAUCUUACAACAAUCUCUCUGGUCAUGUCCCUUCACUCCUCACCAAAAGAUUCAACUCUAGCUCCUUUGUUGGGAAUCUAGAACUAUGUGGUUACCUAUCAAAACCAUGCACUUCACCUCCACCUUCAAAUCUUCCAGUCCAAACACCAAACCCUUCUCCAAAGCCACAUCAUCACAGAAAGCUAAGUACCAAGGACAUAAUCCUCAUUGUAGCAGGUAUUCUCCUGUUGAUUCUGUUACUCCUGUGCUGCUUUUUGCUAUGUUGUUUGAUCAGGAAAAGGGCUGCUUCAAGUAGAAAGGGUGCAAAGGCAACAUCCAAGGCUUCAGCAUCUGCAAGGAGUGUUGAAAAAGGUGGUGCUGGUGGUGAAGUUGAGUCAGGAGGAGAAGCUGGUGGAAAACUUGUUCACUUUGAUGGUCCAUUUGUGUUCACUGCUGAUGAUCUUUUGUGUGUGGUAACCAAGUUGCUGUGAAGAGGUUGAGGGAGAAGAGUACAAAAGGGCCCAAGGAGUUUGAGGCUGAGGUUGCUUCACUUGGCAAAAUCAGACACCCAAAUCUCUUAGCACUCAGAGCUUAUUAUUUGGGUCCAAAAGGAGAGAAGCUUCUUGUCUUUGAUUACAUGCCAAAAGGAAGCUUAGCAUCAUUCCUUCAUGCUCGUGGGCCGGAAAUAGUGAUUGAUUGGCCGACAAGGAUGAAGAUAGCAAUCGGAGUCACACGCGGCUUAAGCUACCUCCACAACCAAGAGAGCAUAGUCCAUGGCAAUCUCACCUCAGGGAACAUACUCUUAGAUGAGCAAACCAAUGCACACAUAACAGAUUUUGGACUGUCCAGGCUAAUGACAACCUCGGCGAACACUAACAUCAUUGCAACAGCAGGAAGUCUAGGAUACAAUGCACCAGAGAUCUCAAAAACAAAGAAACCAAACAUGAAAUCCGACGUAUACAGCCUUGGAGUGAUCAUCUUGGAGCUCCUAACUGGGAAGCCACCUGGGGAACCAACCAAUGGAAUGGACUUGCCACAAUGGGUGGCUUCUAUAGUUAAAGAAGAGUGGACUAAUGAAGUUUUUGACUUGGAGCUCAUGACGGAUGCACCAGCCAUAGGUGAUGAGCUUCUCAACACAUUGAAGCUUGCCCUUCAUUGUGUUGAUCCUUCACCAGCUGCUAGGCCUGAAGCUCAGCAAGUUCUUCAGCAAUUGGAAGAAAUCAAGCCAGAUUUGGCUGCUGGUGAUGAUGAUGAUGACGGAACUCUCAAGACUGCUGAAUAAAUUAAAAGUUUUUUUUUUAAAUUUAAUUUUGAAUUAGUAGAGAAAGGUUCUUUCAAUAUUUCAUUCUUUAUUUAUUUGUUGAUUAUUUUGUUUUUGGUGAAAUUUGUUGAUUCUCAGUGUAUGUACAUAAUCAAGUGAGGAAGUAUGCUAAGCAGUUUUGUAUUGAAUGUUAUAGUGGUGUGAUGACAAUAUGAUACAAGAAGCUAUUGAAUGUAAUAGUUAAUUUAUGUUUUGAAUAUAAAGAAAGUUUUUUCGCCAA